GGAGGGGAGGUGAGGGCCGGGGCGGGCCGGGCCGUUUGGCGGGUGGCGGCGGCUCGGCCUGGCUCGGGCAGCGGGCCUGAAGGGAGCGCGGCCGCGGCUCCGCGGGCUUUCUCGCCGGGAUUCGCCCCUCGGCCCGGCCUCCCCAGCGCCAGGCCUCGGGCCCCUUCCCUUCCUUCCCCUUCCUUCCCCGCCCCGCUGCGGGGUCGCUCCGCGGCCUCCCCGCCUUCGGCCGCCCGCAGGCGUCGCGCUGCCCUUCCCCGCCGCCCUCUGCACCGCGGCCUGCUCCCCUUAAGCGCCCGGUCAGCGAGAGGCCCGCCUGUGUGCUGUUCCCUGCUGCUCCUCGCAGCGCCUGUCCCCUGCGUUUGUUCUUGUUGUUGGUUGUUUGUGUGUUUUAAUGAGGUAUUAAUGUGCUAGUGCCGCGCUGACCGCUCCGUUUGGGGAUUCGGAACCUGCUUAGAGCCUGCAUUCAUCAGCCCAGCAGAGGCCCGAGCUGCCCGCUUCGCUUCCUCCGUCUCCGAGGUGGAGCUGCAUCACCCGUCUGUGAGACCCCUGCGUCGUGCAGCCACCUGCACGCUGUCAUUUCCCGCCUCUCGUUCUUGAAGAUCCACGUUUAGCCUACUUCGCAGGCGCUAAUUUUUCUGUGCACGUAACCAUUAAAAUUGCUUGGUCCAGAAAGAGCAUUUGUGGGCCAAGUGAAAAGUCCUUUGAGGAGGGUUGGUAGCAGAAAGGUUGGAUGAUCCCCACCAUUUUAAGUCAUACAAGUCAUCGUGGAAGAUGCUGAAGUGUUGAAUGCAUUGGUACUGAUGUUAUAUUAGUCCCGUUCCUGAGCUUCGAGUCAAUAUGUCGAAGAAAUCGGAGGCUCCUCUUGCCUUAGCUGACUGCCUGUGUCAAAUUUGCAUGGAGAUCUUUGUGGAGCCUGUGACACUACCAUGCAACCACACCCUCUGUAAUUCUUGUUUCCAGCUGACAGUUGAAAAUGCCAGUCUUUGUUGCCCUUUUUGUCGGCGUCGAGUCUCUUCUUGGGCACGAUAUAAUGCCCGCAGAAACACUCUUAUCAACUGGGAGUUCUGGGAAAAGAUUCAGAAGAAUUAUCCAAAGGAAUGCGAGCGUAGAAUUAACGGACAGGAUUUGGAAGAGGAAAUCUGUGUCCCUCAUCCACAACACCAGCUGAGCAAACCUGGGGAACUGAGACAGGAAUAUGAAGCAGAGGUUAGCAAGGUGGAGGCAGAAAGGCGAGCACAUGAACAAGAGGAAAACAAGGCGAGUGAGGAAUACAUUCAAAGGCUGCUAGCAGAAGAAGAGGAGGAACGCAGACUGGCAGAAGAAAGACGGAAGGAGAUGGAGAAACAGCUUAAACAAGAUGAAGAAUUGGCAUGGGAGCUGAGCAACAGCCUGAAUGACAGUUCCAGAGAACGUGUGCUCAGCAGUCCUUCCCCAGGAGACAGCCUCUCAUGUGCACCAUUCACAGCUAAUUUGUGCAAGAUGAAGAGCAAACCAAGCAACUCUGGAGACAUUCAGAAGUAUCUGUCUCCAAAGCAUCAUCGUACAUCGGGAUCAACUUCGUUCUCCAGAACAACAGAAGGAGGCAGGAGUGACUCUGGCUCUGUGGAGACCAGUAACAAUGAAGGCAGCAGUACUGUGUGGCAAGAUGAGCAAGAGGAAAUGCCAACGUUGUCUCCACAGCUGUCUGGUGUGACCAAGUCUUCCACUGCUCAGGAUUCGUUUUUGGAGUCAUGCAUGAACUACUUAAGUGCCUCAACUUCAGAGGAGACCACCACUGUCAAGCAGAAAAAAUCAGCUGGGCCAAAUUGUCUGGCAGUUGAAGUUCCGGAUACGCUUUGUGGAGUUGCAGAAGGGGAAGGGGCUAGAACAGUUCUUCCUAGAACUAAAGGAGAAGACGGAGUAGAGUUGGACAGUGACAGUUUAACACAUGUAGAACGCAUAAGCCUUGAAAACUGUGCUGAAACUAGUGCUUGUAUUCAGUCAGCGUCAAAUUCUAUGAUAUCUAACAGCAAAAGUGUGAUACGUGAUCUCAUGAAGGUGGCUGGAAACCCAGAUGAAAAGAUACCAGAGAGCUUGCAGAACACUAUGGAGACUCCAAAAAGGAAAUCUCCGGAACCACUGGCUGAAGCAGUGGUUGACUUGGGUGUGCUUGAUAAGAGGAGAAGGACUUUCCCAGAAACUUCAGGGGACGAAGGGGAGCAGAUAAAUGACUUUGACUUGCAAAUGCAGAAAGCCUUUGAGCAGGAGCUCUAUGAAAGGCGUCUGCAAGAGGAGCAGGAUAGGCUUCUGGCUCUGCAGCUGCAAAGACAGCUCAACAAGGAGGAAAGGUCACUCAAUCGACAAAAAGGCUCUCCCGAUGAGUACCUUCUUCGCACCAAAACACCUCAGUCUGCGAAAGACUCUUCUGCUAGAAAGGGAAGUUGUAAGAAGGCGAAGGACAUGAAGCUACCAAAAAAACAGACUGAAACAAAUCACCGCAAGGUUCGGAAAGGUUCAUGCAAUGAAAACUGGCAGUCUCCUACCAGAGUCCGAAUGAAGUCACCAGGCCUCAAGGGCGGAAACGUUUUGAAUUGUGUCGUUAAUACCAGUGACUCAAAUGAUAUUUGUUCCUUGCCUAAAAAAGAGCAAAAGACAAUCCUUCAAAUGUUUAAAAGCCCUGUUGCAGAGUAGAGCAACAGAACCACAGACACAUGGUGGAAAGGAUCAGAAUUAAAACCAUGGUAAUGCUUUCCCCUGUGUUAGGCAAAGCUCCCUCUAAACAGUUGAAAAGGUGAUGGUUUUGACGGGAUCACUUUAGGCUACAAGAGCAACCAAAACUGUCUGCUUAUUAAAACUUGCAGUGAAUGUUUCUGAGAAGUUUUAAUAGCUCUUGUCCCUAGACCUUAAAAAUUUUAAUUGGCCUCUUCUUGACUAUGGCUUAUUUUCUAUGACUUGCAUUUGCAAGUUUGUUUGUUUGUUAUAAUUUUGAGUGUAAAUACUCUUUAGUGUUUAAAAUCUAAAAUAACUGUUGGUCUUAUGUUAGAAUAAGAAUUCGGAGCCUUCUAAGAGAAGGAUGCACAUCUCCCAGAUGUGAAAUGAGAGGUGAGUCUGUAUCUCCAGUAGUCUGCUGACCGAGAUCGAGGCUUCACUCGGCACAGCCGCUGUUCUGUUAAACUGAAGCACGUUACUGGAAUUUGGUCUGUUUGCUGAACUGCGCUGUUUGCCUGGCAGUUACCAAGGGUAUAACCAGACAGCCAGUCUUGCAAACACGCUCCUUCCCUCCCCCUCAACCUGCCGCGUAGUAGCCCCUUUCUUAGUCAGAGGGGAAAAAACAGAUCGUUCCCCCACAGCCAGAGGCAAGAAUCUCUUAGAGAUGCUGAUAAGCUAACUGGUUGUGGGCUUGUAUGUACUCUGUUCAUUUCUACCUCUGUUAAUUUUGUUUUCUUAGUGCUAGUAUUUUGUAUCUUUAUUCUUAUACAAUACUGCCUACAUUUACUGCUGUUUAACUUUCAUAUGCAAACUGUUGAGUCUGAUUAAAAGCAUAUAUAUUCAAAAAUUAUUAGUCCAGGAGACAGUUACAAAACCAAAAACAAAAACCAAAAGGGGAAAAGCAAAUGGAAACUGGAGUUGUCAGUAAUGACUUAACAACCCUAAAGAUUCAUUUAACUUUCAACUGGAGUUCAGCUACCAUGCCUGACUGUAACUGUUGUGGCUUGGGUUGUUGUUUUUUUUUUGAGGACUACCAAAUACUGUUUUCCAGUUGGGUUUAAAAGUAACAGCGCUGAAAGGAAUUACAACCCAGAUGUGUGGGGAAGGUGACAGCUGUGGGAAGUUGAGGCCUCUGGAAAAGCUGACUAGCUGCUAGUCAGCAGAGGAAGUAUUCCUGUUAUAUUGUUUUCUGUACUGCUGUUGUGAAGCCAUCUCUUGGCCUUUCUUUCCAUGUAAUGAUAUAUUUCUCAAGUAUAUGUUUUUGAAUGAGAGAAAAACACCAACCUCUGCUGCUGAAAUAUGUGUGCUUAUAACUGAAGGUAGGAAGUGUUUCAAAUGUGUACUUUUUUUGGAACGUCAUGGACUCAUGAAGUCAUGGAACCAUCUAUGAACUUUCAACUGGGCUCUGAGAUGCUUGUAACAAAUGUUUCAAAGCAGUAACUUCUGGUGUUUUUUAAGUUAACAAAAAAAAUUUAUUGAAAGCAUAAACUGACCCAAAAAUGUGAUUUUUUUUUUUCUUUGCUUGCAUGUCUCUAAUAGUGGUGGGUUUCUCCUAAAUAAACAGCCUCUUCAAAGAUGCUUCUUGAGAAAGCUGCAGCAGGCAACCUGCUGCACAUAAUUCAUUUUUUUCCAAUGCUGCCUCCACCACUGUGCUGGAAGCCUUCAAUGUAGAUCUGUUUCUGUAUCAUUGUUACUUUUGUUCUGUUUGUUUGUGUCUUAUCUAGGCUGUCAAAUAUAUUCGUUCAUUGAUUACAGUGUU